GGCGGGUCCGUGCCGUACCACUUCAACAUCCGGGCCACACAGAUCCGCUGCGCAUCGGUGCCUGACGUCAGCGAGCAGCUGCAGAGCUCAGCGUGCGGGCGCCGAAAUAGAGGCAUGGUGCGCCACAAACGUACUGCCAUGACCAGCGUGGACGGCAACCACGCCAGACCGAGGGCUGACGAAGACCCGGUCAGGCCGGAAAACGGCGAGGACGAGCAGCAGGAGUAUCUGGGCACGGACGGCUUCUCAAGCGGCGUACUGGACGUCGACACACCAUGGCUCAAUUUCCCAUACGACUAUCUCAGAUCGUUCGACAUACAGGACAAGUUCGCGUCCGCCAGAAAAACCCUGACGCGCAUCCUGGGUGGCUCGGAGACAGGCGUCAAUGAGUGGCCGUGGCAGGUGGCACUGCUGAAGCGCAAGAACCUCUCCUCCCGCUCCAUCGCCUUCUUCUGUGGCGGCGUGCUCAUCAACGAGGAGUACGCGCUGACGGCGGCUCACUGCCUGACGAACUAG